CCCACAAGAUUCCCCGCCAAGUGGCGGCACUGCGGCCCAGCUAGGGCCAGCGGCUUCGCCCCCCAGGCAUGUGGGUGGCCAGCGACGUGCGCCCGCCAAUAGGCGAGCCGCCUCGGUCCACCUGCCGGCCCCGACCGGGAAUUUUAGUUGCGUGUGGGCGUGGCAGAGUUGUCACAUGGCCGUCUAAUGUGAUUGCCGUAACAAUGUCAAAGUACCUACGGCUACGCCGAGCGCCCCCGGAUCGCGUCCAGGUGCGCCAGGACUUGCGUUUGCGGGUUCGGCAGCCAAUCAAAAAUAUCGAGCGCCCUGGCGGCGGCAGGGUUGGGCCAGCGUGCAGAUUGAAGAAGCAACCAGCCCUAGUAGGAGAGAUUCCAACAAGUCGG